CAGGAGAGCCCAGAGCAGCACUGCCAGAGCAGCAGCAGAAGGGCCAUGGAGCAAUACUUCUCAGCCACGCAGAAGAUGGAGCGGGAGGUGAUGUUCCCCAGCCUGCUCCGAGGGGUCUUCCCGCAGCAGGAGGGGGCAGCCCCGGCUGCAGAGAGCCGCACGGACCUCUACGAGCGCUACCAGCUCCUCAAGGCCAUCAAGCCCAUGGUGGAGAAAGGCCUGGCCUCUGUCGCUGACCAGAGCCCCAGCGAUGCCGACACCGACGUGGACACAUCCUCGGACAGCAACGAGGCCGAGGAUGCCCAGCUGGAGGAGCGCCUGUCCCACCACCUGAAUGGCCUGCAGCAGGUCCUCACCCACCUCACCAGGGACACCAACGCCCUGACCCGGAGGUACAGCCAGAUCCUGGAGCAGAUCAGCCCCAGCGAGGGCCAGCCCAGCUGGUGACCCUGUCCUGGCCA